CAGGGUGACAGUACUUUUUAUAUAGGACAGAUUAUGACAACUUCUUUCUUAAGGAGAAGAUGUUUAAAUUUUAUAAAAUGAAAUAUAUUUUUCAAAUACUGGAUAAAAUGAGAUGCUUGCGAAAACGUUCUACAGUGUCUUUCUUGGGAGUUCUUGUCGUUUUCCUUCUAUUCUUGAACUUGUACAUUGAAGAUAGCUAUGUUCUGGAAGGUGACAAGCAACUCAUAAGGGAAACAUCCACACAUCAACUUAAUUCUGAACGCUAUGUUCAUACCUUCAAGGAUUUAUCUAACUUCUCAGGAACCAUAAAUGUCACCUAUCGAUAUUUAGCUGCCACACCUUUACAGAGAAAACGGUAUCUCACAAUUGGACUUUCAUCAGUGAAACGGAAAAAGGGAAGCUAUUUACUUGAGACAAUAAAGUCAAUCUUUGAACAGUCCAGCUAUGAAGAACUAAAGGAAAUUUCUGUAGUGGUACAUCUAGCAGACUUUAAUUCAUCUUGGCGUGAUGUCAUGGUCCAAGAUAUCACGCAGAAAUUUGCCCAUCACAUUAUUGCAGGAAGAUUAAUGGUUAUACAUGCUCCUGAAGAAUAUUAUCCAGUUCUGGAUGGACUUAAAAGAAAUUACAAUGACCCAGAAGAUAGAGUCAGAUUUCGCUCCAAGCAAAAUGUAGACUAUGCUUUUCUCCUUAAUUUUUGUGCCAAUACUUCAGACUAUUAUGUAAUGCUUGAAGAUGAUGUUCGGUGUUCCAAAAAUUUCUUAACUGCCAUCAAGAAAGUCAUUGCAUCCUUAGAAGGAACAUACUGGGUAACUCUUGAAUUCUCAAAGCUUGGCUACAUUGGAAAACUGUAUCAUUCACAUGAUCUUCCACGUCUGGCCCAUUUUUUAUUAAUGUUUUAUCAAGAAAUGCCUUGUGAUUGGCUAUUGACUCAUUUCCGAGGUCUGCUGGCUCAGAAAAAUGUGAUCAGAUUUAAACCUUCUCUCUUUCAGCACAUGGGCUAUUAUUCAUCCUAUAAAGGAACUGAAAAUAAAUUGAAGGAUGAUGACUUUGAAGAGGAGUCAUUUGACAUCCCGGAUAACCCCCCAGCAAGUCUCUACACUAACAUGAACGUCUUUGAAAACUAUGAAGCAAGCAAAGCUUAUAGUAGUGUUGAUGAGUACUUCUGGGGAAAGCCACCUUCAAUAGGAGAUACAUUUGUUAUUGUAUUUGAAAAGCCAAUUGUAAUUAAAAAAAUUAAAGUGAAUACGGGAACAGAAGAUCGACAGAAUGACAUUUUACAUCAUGGAGCUUUAGAUGUUGGGAAAAAACUUACGUUAAGCAAACAAAUAAGACAGUGUGCUACCUACUUAAGACUGGGGGAAUUCAAAAAUGGAAACUUUGAAAUGUCAGAGGUGAAUCAAAAAAUUCCAUUUGACAUACAUUGCAUAAGGAUAUGUGUUACCAAAACACAAAAAGAAUGGCUGAUAAUUCGGAGUAUUAGCAUUUGGACUUCCUAGCCAAUUAAAUCGGUAUACUGAAUCUCCGAA